GUAAAUUUUAUCAACAUGUCCCAGCAGAGCCCUCCCAAGCCACCUUAGCUAGCGUGUCUCCUGUUUUUGCAGUGAUAAAGCUUGACAAAGAGGGAAAUACUACCUAUUUUGAAAAGAAGAAAACUGAAUUGUACCAGGAAUUGGGUCUUCAAGCUCGAGAUCUAAGAUUCCAACACGUAAUGAGCAUAGCAACUAGGAACAAUAGAAUCAUCGUGAGAAUGGAGUUCUUGAAGGCUGUCAUAACACCAGAGUUUCUUCUGAUAUUAGAUUAUCGUAAUUUAAAUCUGGAACAGUGGCUCUUCAAGGAACUAGCAUCUCAGCUGGCUGGGGAAGGUCAGCUAGUUACAUAUUCCCUGCCCUUUGAAUUCCGAGCCAUAGAAGCAAUCCUGCAGUACCGGAUCAGCAGACUGCAGGGGAGACUUAACACUUUGCAGCCUCAGAUCCUUGAGACACUGGAAGCUCUAGUGGACCCCAAGCUUUUGUCUGUGGAUAGGAGUAAACUACACAUUCUCCUGCAAAAUGGCAAGAGCUUGUCAGGACUGGAAACAGAUCUUAAAGUUUUCAAAGAAACAAUUCUGGAGAUCUUAGAUGAAGAAGAAUUAAUAGAAGAGCUCUGUUUAUCUAAAUGGACUGAUCCACAAGUAUUUGAGGAGAGUAUAUCUGGGAUUGACCAUGCAGAGGAAAUGGAGCUGCUGCUGGAGAACUAUUACAGACAAGCAGAAGAUCUUGCAAAUGAAGCUCGUGAACUCAGACUGUUGAUUGAUGACUCAGAAAGCAUAAUCUUUAUCAACCUAGACAGCCACCGUAAUGUGAUGAUGAGACUGAAUUUGCAGCUGACUAUGGGGACUUUUUCACUCUCUCUCUUUGGACUCAUAGGAGUUGCAUUUGGUAUGAACUUGGAGUCAUCUCUUGAAGAGGACCCCAGGAUAUUUUGGCUGGUGACAGGGAUUAUGUUUCUGGGAAGCGGUCUGAUAUGGCGACGCUUGCUUUCCUUCCUUGGGCGGCACCUAGAACCUCCACUACCUCCUCAAGUUCCUGCAGUUUUGAAAAAAUCCCAACCAGCAGCUGGAAGAGUGGAUGUAAAGAACAACCUUAAACCAGAAACGUUUGGGCUGAACAGAAGCACCUUAACAAACCAAUAG